AUGGACUCAAACGCUCCCAACGACCACAACGACCACAACGGUGGAGUGAACCGCCGUAUAUUCGUUGAUUUGACUCGGGUCGAGGAUUCGCCAACCCAACAAGUGCGAUACGACGAGUCAAGUUUAUACGGUCUUACUGUAUAUAUUGGUGGGCAUCAGGGUAUUUGGCUGCCUUAUAAUAUAGAACAGACGCCUGCAGCAAACUCCGAGAUCACCCACCCAGUUGAUCUCGACUCACUUCGUCAGGCGACAGAGCCAUUGGAGGGUGACAUUCCUCAACCUCACCAGCCCGUCGCCCCUCAUCAAGUCCCCCAAGUACCUCCCCCCAAUCGAGUUCCAAAGAGAACCCGAGAGGAUUUGGAGGAAGAUCAGCUUGAAGCUCAAGCCCCAAGCAGCAAAAGACCGCCGCUUAGGAGCCUCAGCAGUCGCCCAGAUGGUCAGUGGCCUGGUAAUCCCAUGCCUCAUUUUGACCAGUCUUUCCAGGGAGGAAAUGGUGAUCCUCAAGGGCAUCUCUUACGCCCGAACGUGCCUGGUUUUUGGAACCCGCAGGCGCCUAUGGGUAACUCAUACCCCAUGGUAAAUGGUAUGGGUUGUGAUACCAGAUCCGCCAGACCAUUUCCCACGAACCAACCUCGGCCCGGGGCUUCUAUGCCUGAUGCUUACACAAUGCCUGCUAAUGGCACGCCUGGUUUUCCGGUAGCAACCCAGGCCAACCAUUUUCCUCCUGUGCCAGCCAACUACGUUGUUAGCACGGCUGGUCCACAAGGUCAGUUCCAUGGGUUCCAUCAUCUAACACAGCAGAUGGUGCCGAAUGGGGGUCAAAUGAGGCCACUGGCGCCACAGAUGGGACCUCAGAUGAAUGGUCAGGCGCCCUAUAUGAACAGAGGAUAUAUGCCUCCGUCGAAUGGGGUACCUCAGCGGAUGCAUCCCAUGGUACAGAUGCAAGGGUCCCAUAUGCAUCCCGUGGCCCAGAAGCCAGAGACUCCGAUGCCUGAGACUCAGAUGUCAGAGUCCCAAAUGGAAGUGCCUCAGACAAACGAGGAGCAUUCGCCUCAGGCAAAUGUGGGAGAUACCACGACCCAAAUCGAUGAUGAGCUGCACCAGAAGUCUACGCACUAG